UCUUCUGCCAUUUUUCUUCCAAAAAAACUCGGACUUAUAAAUUUCUCCGCUCACCACGGCGAGAAAAAUAUGUUUGAAAUUGCUUUCAUAUGUAUGCUCUCUUUUGAGGAUACAGCGGACGUGCGUCAUAGAAAACGAUAUGGGGGCGAUGUGAUACAUUGCUGAGAAUAUCCUAAUUGCUCCGCUCUGGUGAGAUCUGAUCAGAACAUGAACGUGCAUGCCAUUCAGUAGUUGCUGCUAUGAUUAGGUCAACGCGAUGCAAUCCUUUGUAGUUUCAUGGUAUGCACCAUAUAGAGUCGCUUUCAACUACCUAAUCAUAAUCGACGGCCGGACCCUCUCUACUCUAAAAUACGAUCAGAGUGGUAGCCUUUAUGCUGUCUUUAGGCGAGAGGAGGGAAUGGAAGGCUUUUCCAAAUGACUCACCCAACAACGUAUUGGCAAUGAUUUGUACUCUUUCGGUGAACUUGAAACCAUUUCUCUCACGUCCAAGUGGUUUUGUUAAGUAGCAAUGAUCUGAAUACAAUUUUCGGUGACAUAUGGAACUCGAAGGGGGAAACCAUGCUUUCCUCUUCUUUUAUACAGGAGUCAAAGGUGCACUCAUCAACAUCUCUCUCGAUCGUUGCAUCCCAUUGUGAAAUUCACAAUGAACUAGCAUACUUAUAGAUUCGGUAAUCCUUAGAUUAGGUAUAUCACUUUCUUCGACCCAGCCACUCUUCUUAUGUUCGCAUUUCCCUUUCUCAACCUUUCACUCCUGCUCUUUGCUUCAUUCAUUCCCCUAUCCUCAUCCGGUCUCCUGGCUCUCCAUUUCAUUGUCAUUAAUCAUCCAAACACGGCUUUAUUCU